AUGGGCCUGCGGUAUGUGGUGGCUUUCGUCGCGCUCGCGCUUAUGCGGCUUGAGCGGAGUGGCGCUGUCCCCACCGACCCCACAGGAAUUCUUACGUCGGACCUCCCACCACCUGACGCUCCCUUACGGAAUCCGCUCCAGACUACGAAGCAAACCGACGAGGCUAAAAGGUUUCUUAGAAAACUAAGAGGGGGAAAAAAUACCGACACGGCGCUCGACAGUGAAGAAGAGAGAGUGCCCAGUCUCUCCACUAUAGCGAACGCGCUUGGUAUGCUUGGGAAUGCCGUGAAAUCGAAGGGCGAGAUGAGUCUGUGGUUAUCCCUAGGACUCACUCCCCAGCAAGUUUUAAGUAUUCUACAAGUGGUGAGCAGGCAAGACGACAACUACAAGAUCUACACCAAGUACUUUUUCCGGUACUACGUCAAGUAUCUCGACGAACCGCUGUCACGCUUUUCUCCUAAAACCAUAGAUGACAUUUGGAACGCGAGGUUGCACGACUGGCUUAGCAACACGCUAUCCCCUCCCCAAGUUUUCGAGAAACUAGGACUCACGGGCCCGUGGGCCUUGGCUCGUGACCAUACAAACUACAAGUACUUUGACAAAUAUCAGAAGAUGUGGGGCGACUUGCAACUGAGAGAGUCAAAACGCUUAGAUAAAUUCUAA